GGCUCUGAAGCUCAUAGGACGCAUUUGUUUUGUGAAGGUUCCUCGCGUAGUAGUGCAUGAUAGCUCGGAUUAAAGUAUUUUGCAAUUUAUCUUGCGCUUCUACUGCGAAAAUGCGGGGAUUCCGCUAAUUCCCGUUCAUGUCACCGCCUCUUUUCAUCUAUUGAAGGAAUUCGCAUUUAUCUUCACUUCAUUAUCCGUACUAGACUCAGAAUUGAAAAUGAUUGACCUAACUGUGAAGACACUUGAUUCUCGCAAUCAUGCAUUUUCCAUGCCUGAUGAUGCAACUGUUCUCCAGUUGAAGACUAAAAUUGAAGAAACCAUGAGCAUUCCAGCAAAUCGUCAACGAUUAAUUUUCCAGGGAAGGGUUAUGCAAGAUGACAAGAAAUUAUCUGAAUAUGAGGUUCAUGGUAUGGUGAUUCACUUGGUUAAAUCCCAACCUCCUCAACCGGGAUCCAGACCAAAUGGGAGCAAUAGCUCUAACAGCACAAGUUCCUCUGAAAAUGCCAAUAGGUCUUCAGGAGCCCGUUAUUUUGGCCGAGUUGAUGGCGGCACCAUGUUUGGCUCUGUGCUCAUUCCUGUUGUGGGUGAGACAGGGAGUGGCCGCAACAGAGCAUGGAGAAUAAUGCAUUUGGCUGACCGCAUGAUUCAGCGUGCUACAGAAGUUCUUGAUAACCAUGAAAACUCUGCCUCAAGAUCAACAUCUGCGGCAGCCUCUGCCACUACUACUCCAUAUAACAGUUCAAGGGACUCUAGUGGCAGUCACAGCCCUGCAACAGAACCUUCUCAGCCUGGAAGAGGAGCUACCUCAGAAGCUAGAACAAAUGCAGCAACCACUACUACAGCUUCAUCUGAGCCAGCUCCAUCACAAGGUGGAACAGCAAUGGAUACUGAAAUGGAUACAGAUAACAAUCCUUCUACUCCUCAUAUUACUGUUAGCAGUGCUGAUCAAGCAGGAGCAUCAUCUUCAACCAAUACAGCAGGGUCUUCUCAAGAUGGGUCGUCUGCUGACUCUAAUCAGCAGCGCCUGCAGAGAGGAACACCUUCCACAAGCAACAUGGCUGCAUUGAUGACAAAACUACGUGCAUUGCAAACUCGUUUUGAUCCUCUCCUUACUCGCUAUCACAAUUUAAUAACUGAGGAUUCUCCAACAAACAAUCCCCAGCAAUUGGCAGAAAGGUUGAGUUUGACUCAAACUGUGCCGGAAGUUCUUCAUCUUCUUUCACAUGCCUACCAUGCCAUCAGUGAGCUGACUAUUGACUGGGAACUAGCUCCACCAAGGCAAAUGCGUCCUUUACUAGCCCCAGCGAUUCAGCAACUUGUUCAACUGACAGAAGGUAUGAAUACUUGGGGCUUAACUAUUCCCCCUCCAGCUUUUGGCCAGCCGGCUCAAACAGCAGCUGCUAAUGCUGGUAAUUCCACAGCAACAUCUGGGUCGACUGCUUCAUCAUCUGCAAGUGCAUCAACAAGUUCAUCAUCUGCUCCUCCAUCUGCAUCAGCAUCAUCUGGUAGUUCAGGCACUGCUCCUGAAGUAACAUACAUGACAACAACAUUCCCAGCUGAAGGUGGAGAGGCUACCACCACUUUCACAACUCGCCCUGCAGCAAACUUUGAAACAGCCCCCGGAGCAUCUAACACCACAGGAAAUGGAAGCACCAGCAACCGUUCACCAGUUGUCACAGCCUCCAUAGACAUUUCUAAUCGUAAUCCAGGCUUGAAUGCUGCGCUGAGUGCUGCACUUGCUCUUGCAAAUCGUUUAGCAACUCAUCCAAUACCUCACCAGGCUGCUCCUUCUCAACAACAACAACAACAACAACCACCUCAGCAGCAACAAGAUCAGCAACAGCAGCCAAAUCAGCCACAAGCGCAGCAGCCACAGCAACCACAGCAGGCUCAACAGAGCCGUGGUGGAUCUAUUGUCACUCUGCCUGUUGGAAUGAUUGACAUUCCUACUAAUGUAGAGUUCUUCAUGGAAGUUGGCCCAAGCACUAUCACCAUUGAUUCUCUAGAGGCUACAAUGGUCACCAGUGGUAGUUUCACUCCUGGUACUAAUGGCACAACAGAUGGAAACCCUCUAAACAUGCACCUUCCCUGGGGAGGCCAUCCACAGGAUUUCUUGCAGGGAGUUGUUCAUGCCUUGAAUGGAAUAAUUACCCCAAACUUGCGUCGCCGAGGAAGUGCCCCUGAAAGCACACAAAACCCCAAUCUGCAACGACGUGGUAGUGCACCAGAAUCUGAAACAGAUGCCAGUUCUAGUGCAAAUGCUAAUGUUCCUGCUGCUGGAAGCACUCCAUCAGCCUCAUCCUCCCCUGGAGCUACUGGAGGUCAGACAAGCCAGGCAAGAGGUUACACUGCCACUCAUCCAACAACAUCAACUCAAACACGCUCAACAGCCCGCCCUCAAGUACACCAUAUUGCAACUGCUCCAUUUCCUGGCUUGCAAGUGGGCGGAUUUACUGACCCUUUCUUGCCAUGCCACUCACAAUUCUUCGCGUCAUGGCGCCGCUCCCGCCCAAACACCAAUAGCAGUUCAUCAACUACUGCCAACAGUGCAACUCAAACUAAUAGUAGCGCCCCGAGCAACAUUGCUCCAGCCUCUGGACCAUCUGUUAGUUCUGCAAAUGCAUCAGGAUCCGCAUCUUCUGCAGCAUCAUCUUCAUCUUCUACUCAAAACUUGAGUCAAAAUCUGUCUGGACCAAAUGCAUUGCAAAAUCUUAUUGAGUCCCUCUUCCGUCCUGUCUCCUUAGUUGGUCCAGAAACAGCUUUCCAAAACAUUUUGGAGACACUAACAAGUCGAAAUCCAUCAACUGGAGGAGAUAUGUGGAGUUCAUUGGCUACUGCUUCUCAAGAAAAUGGAAUUGAUGUGCCAAUCAUCAAUUGGAUUUCUCCUGGGUCUACCCAACAAGAAGGAGAAUCACUGCUUUCAGAUUUGCGACUGACAAUUGUUCGAAGUGUCACAGUAUCAGAUCUGAUGGCCCUUGUGGAAGGUAACUGGGCUGCUAUAAACCAUGUGAGAAAUGAUUUACGCCAUUAUGUAGUUCAGCACCUUUGUGAGGGUUCACCAACUGAAGAGAACUUAGAAAGAGGAACUAAUCUCCUUAUGACAGAGCUUAGACCUCACUUUAACAUUAUAACUGAAGGAGCACUCAGAGAGGAUAUUGAUGCAGUAGCCACUUUGAGCCGCUUCCAUGAAUCCGUUAUACCUGAAUUUUUGAAAUUGGUUCUUGAUGAUGACCAUGCCUCAACUUUUGGGCAGAACCUUCAUGAUAUGUAUUACAAGUAUUUGAGUAAUCUAUUUGCUAUUAUCAAACAUUGUUGUGCAAAUAAUGACGCUAUUGAGACUGUAUUUCAGUCAUGUUUGAACCGCAUAACAGAGGGAGGUUCACUAAUUUCAGUGGCAGCAAGAAGUUGCCUUGAGCAGUUAAAUAGUGUAUCUGGUAAUGUACCCUUCGAAGAUAUCCAACCAUAUAUUGUUUGUCGCACCACUGUGGAGGAGACUGUACCAGUGCCUAGCCAUGCCUCUACUUCUACAGAGUCUUGUACUCCACCAGAAUGUAUGAAAAUGGAGCAAUCUUUAGAAAAUCCUGUUUGCGAGAGUUCUGCUACCACAAUUGAGCCUAUGGACACAGACUCUCAGUCACCACACCAGCCUACUACAUCAGCAUCUUCCGUGUCCUUAGAUGUCCCCUCUCACAGCUCAGAAGGAGCCACUGCAGCACACACCAUUGAAUCAUCUGAGAUUGCCCCUAUGGACACAGAACUUCCUGCACCUGCACCUGAGGCAUGGCAUAGAAUUCUUCCUCCGGAGUGGGUUCCAAUCAUCACUAGAGAUGCCACUCGUCAACGUCGACCAAAUUCACAAGCACCUCUAAGUGAUGCAUACCUGGCAGGUAUGCCGCCCAAACGGCGUAAAGUAGUCACCGCCAGCCGACCUCAUGGUUCUCUGAGUGAAGUUAUAUCAGCUAAUAUGGAAAGUGCCAUUCAGUCAUCUGGUGUACCAACAGCAGGCCUUUCCCUUGUACAAGAAGAAGCAGGCAGAGACCCUCGACUACGGGAAGCUUAUCGAGAACAGUUACGAGCCACUGUUAGAGCAAAUCUAGCGAACAAUCCUGACUUUUCUGCUGAACGCUUUCCUAAUGCUGCACAAUAUUUUGGUAAAUCAUGAAAUUAUACUGUUAUAUAGUAGAAUAAGCUUCAUGUUGAGAGUCACUUAAAUUAAUAAAUAUCCUUUGCUGCUAUGAGAACGUACCGUUUUUGCAAAGGAUGUUCUUCCCCUAAAAAUAGCUUGAAGAUUGUGCUAGCCAAAUAGAUUUUGUUAGAGCAGCACGUGUGCAAAUAAGCGUGUGCUUUUAUUGAAGUGCUGAUUGCACUCUAUCUUAUAUGUGAUAGAAAUGUGAUGGUAUUAGUAACAGUGUGUGUGUGUUCCGACCACUAUUUCAUGCAUCUUUUCUAUGAUUGUACUUUCACCUAAUGAAAGGACCACCUUCACAGUAAAGUACAAAUUUUCUUUCCUUUUCCACUGUGUAAUGCACUGCAUCUAAAUUAAAGAUAUUCUUUCCUACCCACCUAUAUAUUAUUCAGGGUAUGAUUCAUAGCCAUUUUCCCUAUUGGUUCCUGGUUGCUAUCACAAUUUUAAUAAGUCACAAACGUUCCAGUCUUUAGUCCAAAUUCUCAGUUAUUUUUUCAUUUUAAACAAGUCACAUAUUCUACUGACAAAUCCUCGCACAUGAUGUGAACACUUUGUUACAAUGUUCAAUCUAUGAUUAUAGGUUGGGCUGGGUUGUCUUAGGUUUCCUUGUUUAUUUCUUUUUUUUCUUGAGUCCUAGUCUUUAUACAAUUCCUUAUGUUCCUCAUUGAUAAAUGGUGGAAGCACGUGUGACUCUGAAAGUCACAAUUAUCAAUAUCUGUUUUCUUUCAAAGUCUUUUUGUUUGUAAUCAGUGAAGUCUGUUGUGCUUUUUGUGGUCAGUGACUGAUAAUAUCUCUUGAAGACCCCUUUUUUUAAGACUUGUGUCUCUGUUAUCAAUAUGAUUGAGUAGAAGCUUGGAAACCUAGUUUUCUCAAUCAUGUAGCACUGGCUGCCAGCCUUAGGUAAGAGUUGUAAUUGAACUUUUUCUAAUUAUGUCACCUUUUAAUAAGUUGACCUAACAUUUAGUUAAAGAUUUAUAUGAUUAUAUAUGUAGUUUAAAUUGUACAAAUGCCAUCUAUUGUUUACGAAAGGUCUAGUGAUACAAGUUGUGGUUGUGGCUUACAAAGGUGUUAUAUUGGCACUGACUUCAAGUGGAAACAUUUGAACAGGGUUUUGACAGUGAGCAUACAAGGUAAAUAUCAGCUGUCCUCUUUAUUUUAAUGAAAGUACUCCUGAACACUGUGGCAGAAACAGGGUUUUGAUGAUCUGCUAACUGUAGUCGUAUUUGUGACCUGGUAUUCUUUUCUAAACAUAGUUUAGUACUUACCAAUUUGCUCUUCCUUCUAUUUCAUUUCCUGUUCUGCAAUCCUUAUAUUUCAUUCCUGCCCUUUCUUCCUUCCCUGGGACUGCAGUAUUUGUAAGUUUUGGGAAAAAAUUUACAGUUAAAGAUCAUUGCAGGCAAUACCAUUGCGUGGGAGGCUCUUUAACUAUAAGAGUUCAUGAUUAAUAUUUGCUGUUGAUUUUAACUUCUUGCUUUUUUUGUCUUUGUUUUGAGUUUGAUUUAAGUUGGUUGAGAUAUUGUUGUAUCUCUAUUCUCAGGUUCAUAUUAUCUACCAUGCUUGCAUUUACUGAGCUCCCCUUACUGACCCAUUUUCUGUGCCUUGAGAAAUCUUGUUGCCUGCCUACCUCUCAGACUGACAAAUUCAAGGAGAAAUGUGAUAAUUUUGUAAGAAAACAGUUUUGCUUAACGAGAGCAUUUUGUUCUGGAAUUAUUAUGUCUAAAUAUAAUGUUCCUGUGAAUCUUUUUUUUCUUGCUAUGUGCUGAGGAGUCAUCAAUUUUCAAUAAAUUAGGAAAACUCAUGAUGAUGCUUGAAUUUUACAUCUAUUUGACUAGUGGUAUUUUGUGUUUGCAUAAAUGAAAUAUAAAAUGAAAUAAUCUUA